UAUUUCAGAUAUCCUUUAAAAGAUCCAGAAAGACUCAAGAAGUGGCUGGUAAAUUUGAAGAGAGUUGAUUUUGAACCAACUAAGAACACUAUUUUGUGUUCCAGACAUUUUGAGGAACAAUGUUUUUUGAAAACUCUUGAGCGUACCUACCUUAAAGAUGAUGCUGUACCAACAAUAUUU